GGGAAGUCGAGUAUUUUAUAUAUGAAUUAAUAUGAAUCUAAUGAUUUCUAAAUCUGCGGGUCAUCUAAAAUUCAAAUGAUAUCUAUAAUUUUAGUUGAAAUCUCAUCAGCUCACGAGCAGAAUUAAAGGCGCUGCAGCAGCAUGGGUGUGUUAUCCACGUUGAUAAGGGGUCUGGUGCGAGGCGCCGACAGGAUGUCUGAGUUCACUAGCAAGCGUGGAUCAAGGACUCAUAACAAAGGUCGGGGCGCCAGGCCCGCUGGACUGAAGCUCCCCAGCACAAAGUUUCUGGCCAUUCGGGCCAUGAUUCCUGAGCUUGUCGUGCCUCCUUUGGACGGAUUCAAACUCAGACCUUAUGUCUCAUACCGUGCCCCGAAAGGAUCAGAACCUCCACUCACGGCACAGAGUCUGUUUGAUGAGGUGGUAGCUCCUCAGAUCAAGAAGGACUUUGAAGCAGGAACUUUCAGCAAAGACCAGCUGGAGAAGUAUGGAUUUGAGCCCACACAGGAGGGGAAGCUCUUCAAGCUCUAUCCAAAGAACUAUGUACGUUAAUGAUGGAUUUGCAAAGACUUGCUGACUAAUUGGGAACUGAAAGCUGCAAACCAACUGAUGUGACCGCCUCCAGGAAAAAUCAACUGUUUAGAAAAAGUAAUUUUGUCAUUUGAUGAUCUGGAUAAUAAAACUUAAAGCAAACUCAUACUGCAGAACUGUGCAUUAAUCACUGGAGCCUGACUAUUACUGCUAAUUCUGAUAUUGGCUAAAUUUCAUUAGAAUAUGGAUGUAUGUCGCUUUCAUGACACCGUCAAGAUGUAGCUCAAUUCCACCAGGCAUUUACCUGUGGAGAGUGCAUACAGCUACAUGUGCUGUAGACUAAUUUGUAACAUCAUUUAAAAUGCCCCCCAAUUAAGUUUUUGUAAUUGGCUGCAUCAAAGUUGAUACUCUCAUGUUUGCCUAAUAAGUUAAUUUUAAUUCUAAUCAAGAUCACAAGAAAAGUUUAGGCUGAUUAUCACACCUCAAAAUCACUAACCAAGGUUUUGGUAUCUUCACCACUGAGGACCUGCAGCACAUCACUGUUGGUUAGGCGUCACCUCUGCUAGCUGGAGUCACUGUACUACCAAUCCAAGGAAAACCCCUUUACUGAUAGGAAUGUGAAGAAACUCAGCGUACCUUUGAAUACCAACCAGCUCAGGCACACUGUGU